AUGUGGAAAUACUUCACGUUAAACGGAAUGUACAUGUGGAUCAACGCGCUGCCCCGUCUCGUGAAUGAGUACAACGCGCGAAAACAUCGCAUUAUCGGUAUGAGGCCCGUUGACAUGACUCCCGCGAUGGCCCAUAACCUUUUAAACACUGUGUACAGCAACGUAAAGAUAGCCGCUCACGCGAAAUUUAAGCUGGACGAUCCGGUACGCGUCAGCAAAUUUAAAAUGAUUUUCGAGAAAGGCUCCACACCCAAUUGGACCAACAAGAUAUUUCGAAUAACCAAGAUGCAACGAACCAAUCCCGUAACGUAUCUAUUAAAGGAUUCGCGAAACGAGUCGAUCGCCGAAGGAUUCUACGAACACGAGUUGCUUCGCGUCUUCGACCCCGACGUAUAUCUCGUGGAAAAGGUGCUGCGCCGAAAGUGCAACGAGGUUUACGUGAAAUGGUUCGGAAUGGAUGAGACGCACAAUUCCUGGAUAAACAAAGCAGCCGUAUUACGAUAA